AUGGCCAAGUACUUCUUCAGCAGCAGCAGCAGCAACAACAACAGAGCUGCUCAUCAUUGCGCCAUUGUUGCCGCGAAGUUGCUUCUCUUCUUCACUUUCCUGCUCCUUAGUAUCUCCACAGCUGAAAGCAGCAGACAGCCAGCAGCAGCGAAAUGCGGCGGAGUGACGUGUCAGAAAUUUUAUGCGGCUCAGAGUGGGGAUAACUGCGCAGGUGUUGCAGCCAAGAACCACAUGUCGGAGGAUCUGUUCAAGGCCUUGAAUCCAGGCGUCAAUUGUUACAACAUUUUUGUCUACCAGUGGCUCUGCGUUAAAGGCAUUCCAGUUUGA